UAGUUUGCAUGUACACCUUAUAGUUUGCUCUCUAUACGAUAUAGGCGACUUUCUUGCUACGAUUUUAUCUCGUAUUGUCUGUAUGAACUUUCGAGAAGUACGCUAUACAUGACGCAUGUUGUGUCAAGUCUUCCGAUGAUUUUCGUUUGAUGUUUAAGAGACAAUAGUCAAUCUAAUGGGUAACGAAGAAACUCCAAUCGCGGUGAAUAACAAUGAGAUGCCAGUUCCAAAAAUAAGACACGAUUGGUAUCAAACGGAGAAUCAUGUCAUAGUCCCGAUCCUUGCGAAAAGUGCGCAAAAUGUCAAAGUCGUUUACGAAAAAAAUACGUUAAGUGUGUCUGCUCAGUUACCAUCGGGCAAUGAAUAUAGCUUGGAGUUAGAUUUAGCUCACGCAAUAGUGCCAGAUCAGUCUACUCAUAAAGUUGAUCCGUCUAAAAUAGAAAUUAAAUUGAAAAAACAAGAUGGAAUUACAUGGGCCACAUUGGAAGGGAAUCCCGUUGCACAAAACGUGGUGCAACCUAUACCCCAAGAAAUUUUACAAACUGGAAAUCAACCACAAAAGAAUCCUGGGACUGGGAAGAAACCGCGAGACUGGGAUAAAGUAGAAAAAGAAAUAGAGAAACAAGAAGCAGAAGAAAAGCCAGUGGGAGAAGCUGCACUCUAUGCUUUGUUCCAACAGAUAUAUGGCAGCGGUUCCGACGAAGUCAGGCGUGCAAUGAACAAAUCUUUUCAAGAAUCCGGUGGUACAGUGUUGAGCACGAAUUGGUCAGAAGUGAGCAAAGGUAAAGUUGAGGUAAAACUACCAGAUGGUAUGGAAUGGAAACCCUGGAGCGUAUAGAACAGUUUCGACAAUUGAAAUUUACAUCGCUUACUAUGUUUGACAAGUAAUAAUUUCACUUUAUCUUUAAUAAAGUUAUUUAUGAAAAUUAUUAACAGAUCAUUGAUGAUUUAUUAAAAAUAAAAUUAGUAAAACAAUUGUAUUUGUCCAGUUUGUCAAAUAUAUGUGUGUAUUUUUCUGAA